AUGCAUGCACCAGUUGAUUUGACUGUGAGCUCGACUCUAUUGGUCCCACGAUGUUGCCCUUUGGGGCGCGUGGUGGUUGUCGUGGCCGGAUGUGUCGUUACGGCGGGUCUCGGUCGCCAUAAACUAGCGAUGAACUCCGCUUCGGAGCUUACUGGCGACGUUGUUGGUGUUUGUGCUAGCGGCUGUCCUUGCUGUGUCGACGGUCCGCUUUCGUCGAGGGACUGCAUUGGUCGAACCAGACUAGUGGUGUCACCUUCUUGCCACUGCAGUCCUUUGUCCGUCAUUUCUGGCGCCUGA